UCCAAUAUCUCUGCAUUUCGGCAAAAUCAUGGAGCAUUGAUAAAGCAAAUUUACUCGUGUUUAUCAGCGGGUGAUUAUGAUUACUGUAUAUACAAAUGGGUCAAUGCUUGAACAACUGAUACCGAUAGCUAUUCCGACGGAGCAUAGACUCUUCAGUGAUAACGUAGAUCUCUCGUCUUUCACAUCAAAACAUGAGGGAAUAGCGUGCUUAAACUAAAAGUGAUGGUAUUGGAUAUAGUGGCUUUAGCUUAGGAUUAUAAUUGGAUAUGACAACGUUUUAUGUAUGCCGGUAGCUUUACGACAUAUAUAUGUAUGGAUAUCAAAAUCCGAAAUGGUUUAGCGGGAAUAUCAAUCUAAGGUGGUAUAAUGGUACUGAUGAACGGCAAGUAAAUGAAUGCAUGUUUGGAAACGAGCAAUAUGUAUGAAAUUUUUGGCAGAGUCUGUCGACAAGUAGGUGCUUAAUGGCUAUAUGUAAGAGGUUUACGGGAAAAACACACGUGUAUCAAUGAUGAAACGCCGACGUCGCCAAUGCGGCCAGAUUUGCCUCCUAUUGACCGGCAUCCUGCUCAUCUCGACCGGCCUGUCAAUCUUCGUCUUCUUCGACGCCAUUUACGAGUUCAUCCUCAAGGGCGCGCUCCAGUUCAGUCCCACGUCAAAGUCGUACGCAGCGUGGAAGACGAACGACCCGCCAUUGUCUAUGGACAUCUACAUCUUCAAUUGGACCAAUCCGCAGGAUGUGAUGGCCAAUUCUUCGGUCAAACCGGAGUUUGUUGAAGUCGGACCUUAUAGGUUCAAAGAAAUAAAAGACAAAUUGAACAUAACGUGGAACGAGAACAAAACUGUGAGCUUUAUGUUCAAGAAAACAUAUUAUUUCGAUGUGGAAAGGAGUGUUAGGCAGCUUAAUGAUAGUAUAUGUACAAUAAAUGCUGUUCCUUUGACAGUUAGCUAUAAGUCCAAAAACUUCGGCUUCUGGUCGAAAAAGAUGAUAUCCCUAGGGCUCUCUAGUAUUUCUAGUGUAUAUGUGAAGAAAACCGCUGGUGAAAUACUCUUCGAUGGGUACGAAGAACCCAUUCUCAGCACGCUUUCGAAUUUCCCUAUGCUCAAUGUAGAAGAUAAAUUCGGCAUAUUUUACGGGAAAAAUGGCACGGUGAGCAAAGACGGCUGGUUCGAAAUGUCGUACCGGCCAGACGAAUCUUUCGGCAGAAUGCUCUCGUGGAACUUCCGCAACCAAACCGACUUUUACGAGGGGCACUGCAACGAUAUACGGGGGUCGGCCGGAGAGUUCUACCCGUUGAACAGGAAAAGGGACAAGCUGGUGCUGUACUCCUCGGAGUUGUGCAAGUACGCUGAACUGGAGUACGACCGAGACGUUGUCGUCAAAGGUGUUAGAGGGUACCGAUAUAUCGCCGAUAACAUAUUUGAUAACGGUACGACGCGUCCGGAAAAUUCCUGCUUCUGUAAAGGUGAAUGCAUCCCGUCUGGAAUGCUCAACGUGUCCGCAUGCAGGCAGGAUUCUCCCAGUUUCCUGUCAUUCCCCCACUUCUACAGCGCUGAUCCCUACUAUAGCAACAUGGUUGACGGAAUGAAACCUGACAGGGAUAAGCAUCAAUUCUACAUUAUUAUUCAACCUAAAUCUGGCAUAGUAAUGGAGAUAUCAGCUAAAAUGCAAGUGAAUCUGCUCCUACAACCAGUUCAGCAUAUCAGGCUAUACGAAAACGUCCCGAAAGUCUACAUCCCCCUGUUCUACUUCACUCAAACGGUGCACCUUCGAGACGAGUUGGCAGAGAAUCUGAGGAUGAUACAAAGCAUGCCAGACUACGCCAACUAUCUAGUGAUAAUCUUGUGUUUUCUGGGACUGAUCAGCGUCUGCUGGGCGCUCUGCUCUUUCUUUUGCUGUAAGGACAGCCGCCAGGAGAAGACCAUCAAAAUCGCCAAAAUCAACGGAAAUACUCGCCAGUACGAAGAAGUUGCACUCAAUGAUAAAUAAACUUUGCGGCGAUACUUCAUCGUAGGACGCCUGGGUGGCCUCCUUGAUUGUCAUAGAAGGCUGGGAUAUUUCUAGAUUGUUACUGUUCCGUGACAGCGACAGCGCUCUCCUAUUGUGAGGUUAUGUUUUCUUUUUGAAUCUCAAGGAAUAUGAGACUGAUAAAACAGAUUAAAACUUAGUUUUAUAAGCCUGAAAUUUCUUAGGAUACAAAAAGAAAAUAUAAUCUCAAAAUAGAGAGAUGACACGAAACAGUAAAAAUCUAUAAAUCUAGGACAGGACAAACUAUGAAAAUCAAGGAAGUGUAGGAAUAACUGGCGAUGCCUUAAAUGCUAAGUUGACAUUUGUGCACCUAGGACAAAAGUUCUACCGACCAGGUUAUAUUUGAAAUAUCUGUUACAGUAGAGAAGAAUUAUACGAUUUGGGUAAGAUGGGCUCGUAGUUUCCACGUCUAAUUAAAAAAUACUUCAUAAAUCACCUGGUUUAAAAAAAUCGAUUCUUUCGUUUUAGCCCGCGCAAAAUUUGUGACUAGGUUGCAAAUUUGACCAACGUAGAUCAAAUCUGAUACAAGACUUCGACAAUUUCUUUAGACUCAUUACUAAAAAACGCACCCUGAUUGAUCGAGUUUGCGCUCUGGGUGCAAGUUUGACGCUCCGGAUAGUAAAACCGGGGCGAAUCAGAAGUAUUUUCACUGAAACAAUAUUUCUAAAGCAUAUAGUAGAUCAAAUAAUAACAAGAAAAGUUACCUAGUCACAAAGUGUUGAAGUUUGAAGAAAAUUAUAUUUUCGGGGUAGAUUAAAAUUACCUUAGACUACAUUGGUUGUGUAGGAAUUGGAAACACUUACAGAAGAAACAAGAACAUUUUAUGCGUCACUGACUUUUUUUAAGCAUUUAUCACAAUUUUAAGUAAGGCCUUUGAUUUUCCAUUUUACGCUCAUCUUGCCUUAGCUUGCAUAUUUGAGGGAAAAACCGAUAAAUUUCGACCUGUUUUUCUUUGAAAAUACGCUCAAGUUACUUAAGUUUGUUAUUGUUUGUUUUUAUUAAGAGGGGCGCCGACAAGAAUUUUUCUAAGAGGGGCGCCCACAAGAAUUUUUCUAAGAGGGGCGAUCACCUGCAAGAGACAACUUUCUGCAAAAGUGUACCACAGGUUUUGAAGAGCGGGGAUAAUAAAUAAAUUAUGCACACAAUCACGCUAAAACAUACACAUUUCAAUGUUCAAUUGGUUUUUCUGGGCGACAAUGUCAGUGGCGUAGAGAUUUGCAACACCCCUGCGUAAUAGGACACUCUAUAUGCCUAUAGGAGCUUUUUGUUAUUUUUAUAUCUACUUUCUGCUUUAGCAAUGUCGUCAUCGCUUUUUCCAAUGCCUCAGUAUAGAUAUAUACGAAACUUUCAAAAUUGGUUUAAGCAAAACAACUUGCACAAAGGCAUCGGCGUCGCUAGUAAGUACGGAGCAGUAUAAUGUACGCCACUGAUAAUAUGUCCAUUAUAUAAAUCAUCAGCUGUCUAAUGGUAGUCACACGUUUGAAGGUUUAGCUACCACGUGGUCACACUUAGUUGUAGGUUACGUUUAUGUGAGUGAGAGAAUGCUUAGAUUUUUAUUUAUAUACGUAUGUUUAAUAAAAAUUUUAUAUUAAGA